AUGUCUGGCAGAGGGAAAGGUGGCAAAGGACUGGGUAAAGGCAGAGCAAAGCUGCACUGCAAAGUGCUUCGUGAUAAUAUCCAGGGCAUCACCAAACCAGCAAUCCGCUGCCUGGCUCGCCGUGGCGGUGUCAAGCAGAUCUUGGGUUUGAUCUAUGAAGAGACUCACAGGGUUUUCCUGGAGAAUGUGAUCAGGGGUGUGGUCACCUACACUGAACACGCCAAGUGCAAGAUGGUCACGGCCUUGGAUGUGGUGCACACUCUGAAACGGCAGGGCUGCACUCUCUGUGGAUUCAGCGGCUAA